AAUGGCUUACAUCCAUCAACUUACUGCGUACUACUAACGGACGGAGUACAGCGGAAGUGAUUUCAUUCCCAAUGCAACUUCUUUCAAACCACAAAUGAUGACAGGGAUAAGUUCACUCCAAGGGUCUGUCAUUCUUCCUGCAUAUUCGCUCCGAUAUACGCCACUCAUAUUGUGGCCCUAUGGCGGAUAUUUUACACUGAAUUUAGAUUUAUGCUUUUUGUCGAACCCCCCUCCCCCACCCCAAAAGAGCCCCUGCAUUGGCUUGUCCCGUCGCGUUUAAAAUAUUGUAGCUUGCUGCUCGUCUUUCCUCGAAUCAGACGCUGAGAUUGAGAUUCACAACCUCGGUCUGGUCUUGCUUAUCCGAACCGGGGUGGGUGAGGAGAGCCCUUCCUCCCUAUCAGUCCAGUAAGCAUCAUCAGGGAGGAGGACGCCUGGACGUAUUCAGCCCGAUUAUCCGCACAGAGCGAAGGUGGUUUGGCCUCCUUUGGUUGAAGGGUAUUGCAGCUUUUAGUGCAUGGCAUGUUGAGAGGGGAUGAAGAACUGACUAACUGGUUUUGCAAAAAGAAGCACAUAAACAGGGGGAUAUGAAUCUGAUUUUGCAGCUCGAUUCGAUGCAGUGUAACAAGUCAAACCGGCCCGUUUGCAACAGACAGGCAACCUGUGUGCCGCUAUACUAUGUAUGUAUGUACGAUUUGGUUCCACACUUGCGGGGUAAAUGGUAUGCAAGAGAAGGGCACGGUAAAACAGACCAGGUGAUUUUGCUGCUAGUGAAAAUCUAGCAGGAAGCUGAAAUUCAAGUCUGCAAGAUUCCGCUGCAUCUCGAGUUGAAAUGUUCUCAGAGAACAAACAAAUACUUGCAGUCAUGCAUUCCACAUGAACGCCCGUCCCAAGGUUCUUCCACACAAUUAAAACAUGGGAAAGGAGUCACAAUGGCAUUGAUAGAGGUAGGGGGCCCCCAGGGAGAAUAUGUACUUUCUCCAAUCCUGCGAAUAUCACAACUCUUAGAUAUCUACAGAGCUACAUGUACAUUAUUACGUACAUGUCAUGAGAACGCGCUUCUUGCAAAUAUUGGAAAAACCAAAAAUCCCCCCAAUUGCUCAGAAUUCCGUCGGACUGCUUUGAACAGGCAUCUCAAAAGCACGCGUGUAUCAGCCUAGAAAUUCUGCAGUUGAAAAGCCCCAAAACCAACCCAACAUAAACCAGCCAAAUAACCCCCCAAGCAUGAAAUUCUCCCUGGUCGUCCUCUGCGUCCUUUCCACCGCCAUAACGACAGCAACAGCUAAGAAGCGGUGGUAUGGCACAGCCCCCUUCUGUAAUGCCCGAUGUCCCCGCGAUGAGAAGCCAUUUUGCGCGUCUACUUCCAACGAUGACGGAACAUGCCAUGAUCCGGAGUGUGCCCGCAUGUCAUCUGGGCAGUUCUGCGCCUUUGGGACUGUGAAACUGUGCUGUGAGGAGUGAAGAAGUUGGAGUUCCCGGGGUAUAGGGAUUGGGGUCGUAUGAUCUUUCCCGUCUGGUGGGAUGUGUUUUGAUAGUGGGGGGAAUGGGAGGGGGACAAGAGGUUGGAAGGGGGACGCGAGGGACAUGAGCUGCCGGUUUGUUUGGCACAUUCGGAUCAUCGAGGAUAACUACUGCCUUGCCUUGUUCAAUAUUUAUUAUAAUUAUUAAUAGUCCAAAGCUAGCCUGACUUGUAUGCAGGUAUGAUUAUUAAUGAAUUGACCGCUAUGUCGCAAGCAAAGAUGAGAGGCGAUUAAGAAAAGGCAAAUGAAAAUAUCUCAUGACUUGUUCUGAAAUGGAGUGAAAAUAACCACCAAGCAGUUUCUUCUAGCUAAAACUUUUUUUUUUUUUUUAAAAAAAAAAAAAAAAAAAAAAAAAAAAAAAAAAACCCCAUUGUUACUAUAUAUGACCGGAUCGCCAUGGAUUUGUGUGCUGCGCUAAAAGUUUAUUCUUUCCUUACAGGUCUUCCUCCACUGCCUAGAUCAAAUAAGCAUGACCCUUGGUGAUAGUUGCUUUUGUUUUUCAGCUGUCUUUCCAGUAUAUGUAUGUAUGGAAAACAAUUAAAAACUAAAUGAGAGUAACAACGAAAAUAAGUAACUUAGCCCUAGUUUUUGGCUAAGAAAACUUGGGAACGAAGCAAGAAAAACAAAAAGGGUUACAUGCGUGUUCUUCAUCCGAGGGACUCGAGGAUACAUAGGAGCUACUAUGGUGGUAUCCAGAUGCGAACGAAGCUAAUGCAAAGCCCUCUUGAGAACGCGGGGAUGUUAUGGCUGAUACCUCAAAGCCCGAUUUUAUUAUUUCCAUUUUACUAGUUAUUCCAACAAGUUUCAUGAUGUGGGGUUUGAAACUGGGUGGCUUCUAGCCUUUCUACGAGUUGGGUGGGGGCCAGAAAAGAAAAGGGAGGAAGAAUGCUAGUUGGGUUUGAGUGCUAGCUCUGUUCUUUGCUUUUCUUUUUCCAUCUAUUUCUUGGCUUGUAGGGGAGUAAGGCUUUGAGGGGAAAUAAUGCCCUGGCGUUGAAAGGGAGGGAUGGUGAGGACUGAGGGUUCAGGCUCCUUGUCGGGGUUGUUAUCAGAUUUUCCACCAAUGCCAAGUGAAAACAACGAAGCAUAAUUCUUGCAAGUAUUGAGAGAUUGCUGAUUUGACACACAUCAAGGGUGGUGGCGAAGAACCUUGUCACAAUAUAUUUGCAAAGAGAAUGCUCUUAUCUUAGGAAUUUCAAGAGGGUUUUAGAAUAAAACUGGAAAGGGCAAAGGGGAUCUCAUUGUUGAACAGUUUGUAUUGUCAUUUUAAUUUUUGGUUUCCAUUUCCGCAUGAUCACAAUACCCGAAGUCUAGACGUCAUGCGUGGGAUAAGCGCCAAGUUUUGUAGUGUCCAAGUAAAGGGUGAAAAAUUAUGCAGGCGAACAAAAAUAUUGUACAAGGCCGGUUGACAUCCCCAAGCAUAGAUCUGCCGCGGGGCUGUCAAGGGGUUUUGCGCUUCUGUAGCGCUCGGGAAGUGGGACGCGAGUUUUAUUGGGGGCCAAGUAUCAUUUCGGGUUCCGCUUUUAUAUUAAUUCCCAUAAAAUAUUAUUAUUAGAAGCAAAAUACGGCGUCAGUGGUUGUGCUGCCAACGGCCAGAGAGGAAGGAGAGGCGAAGAGGGCAUUAUUGUUGUUCCAGGCACAAGAUCUGCCCUCCUUACUCAUCAUCUUCAUCAUCAUCAACGACAUAUCGAUUUUUCUUCCUGGCAGGCGGUGAUCCAACUUCAGGUUCAGCACUUUUCCGAAGGGUCUCCACUGGUGACCUUUUUGGUGAGGGCUCUCUCUUUGAUGGUUUCUGUGGCGCUUCCUCAUCAACUUCUCCUUCGGCAUCGGCAUCUCCGUCUUCAAAUUCUUCUUCCUCUUCGUCUUCAUCCUCCAUAAUCUCUGGUUCUUCAUCGCUACCAACCAGGAAACCGUCAUCUUCGUCAUACUCAUCUUCCCUUGUCCGUCCUCUUCGAUCGUACUCAUCUUCCUCAUCGGAAUAUAUCUCCCCGCGACGAUUAGGUCUCCGUUUGGGUUUCUUUGCGCCACGGGCUCUGGUGGUCAACAUAUCAUCGUCGCCUUCUAAUCCAGCAACAGUGAGCCCACCUCCUCCGGUUCUAUAGGAAAUACCGACACGCCUUCCUCGGUCAAGAUCACGGUCUGCGGCCAGCUGACGCUUACGAUCUGCUCGCAAUUUCUCACGCUCUGCAAGCUCAGCACGUUUCUUGGCCAAUUCUGGGUCUUCAGCGACGUCAAACAUGGUGACAGUGCCAUCCGGGUUCUUUUUUGCACCCCUCGCAGCAGCUUCCAAUGACUCUUUGAGCCGUUGGACAGCGUCGUCGGUUUCCACCGUUGUUGGAAGGACGCUUAGCGACGACGUAAGGUGAGAGGUAAUACGGAACACUGAAGAAGCUUCAGCAGCUGCGCCGAGAUAAGCGUGUGCAUCCAACUCAGAAUCGUAGUCAGUAGCUUUUCGCGCCUUGUUAGAACGAGCGAGCCUUUUAGAUGGCAUUCGAUAUUGCUCCUUUGGAUUCGAUGCAAGUUGGAGGGUCAAUGAACCGUCUGACCAGCGGACAAUCCGAGCAUUCGAUUGAAGCAUCUCACCAUCGUUUGGAUCAUAGCGCCAACAGAGGGAUGUAGAUGCUGAGUUAAAGGGCGGAGCAACAUAUGUUUCUGGGUUGAAGUCUUCGGACUCAAUAGCGAGGAAAUUUGGUAUGGCCAAAGUGUAGACCUGCAGGAGCUGGUUUUAGUACAACAUCUCACGGAAAUAAUAUCUGAUACAGAAAAGCACAGUACCUCUCCGUCUGUAGAUUCUGGUUCUGGUACACGACUGAGACUCAGGUCCAUGACGUUUAACG